GGAUUUGAUUGGGCGGUUGGCAGGGGUGCCCCGCCUUCGUGGAGCGGUCACCGUCUCUGCCUGGCGCCGCAGGGACCCGGACUUCUACAAGCUUGCAAAUGCUAAGAAUCCUUUAGCCUGCGCUGCGAGGGACGCGUGUGUUGUCUGCAGUCGCGGCGAACUGCUGCGUGUGACGCUGAGGCUGUGAAGCCGGCCGGCAUCUUCUGCUGGGACCGCUGGAGUGUUUGUGUGCCCCUGGGAAGCAUGCCUGGAGGAUUGAGGAGUGGGGCAAAGGGAAGAUAAGGCGGGAACGCACCAGCACGAGAACAGAACUUUUCAAACAACUCAAGGGAGGAGGAUGAUCCCGUCUCUGCCCACCAUGACAGUCCUCAUCCCACUGGUGUCCCUGGCAGGCCUGUUCUACUCCGCCUCUGUGGAGGAAGGCUUCCCGGAGGGCUGCACCAGCGCCAGCAGCCUCUGCUUCUACAGUUUGCUCCUGCCGGUCACCGUCCCGGUGUACGUGUUCUUCCACCUAUGGACAUGGAUGGGCCUGAAGCUCUUCAGACAUAACUAGGGUAGCCGAGGCCCCUCCUGCUGGGGCUGCGAGCCGAGUCUUGCUUGCCGCAGGGGGUUGCAGGUGGUUGGGUUCUGUCCCCAAGUGUUGCAGAUUCUCCUGUUAAUGCUGUCGCUGAAAAAUACUUUCAAUAAAAUGUCUCGAGGGGGAGGCACAUGACCAGUA